AUGGCUGAUAAUUAUGAUAUUUCACGAAAUCCAAGUGAUUUACCUAAAUCAAAAGGUAUUACAAAUGAAGAUAUAUUUUCUACUGAAAUUGAUGAAGAAGUCUAUGAACGAUAUUCAUUCGGAGCUCUGUUACCAGAACAAUGGAUAAGAAAACAUGGUACAACAGAUACAUUGAAAAAUAUUACUGAUAAUCAUUGUAGUACAUUUUAUGACAGAGCCAUGGAACUUAUGGAAAAACGUAUAAAUUAUGAAGAAGCAUUAGUUAAUGUAAAUAAAUGUCUUCUUCUUAAACCAUUUCAUAUUCCAUUUUAUGAAAUUCGAUCAGAAAUCUAUUUAAAUUUAUGUGAUUUUCAAAGUUCAAUUAUAAGUUUACAAAAAAGUAUUUUAUAUACACAAGUAACAACAAGUAAUAGUCGAUUAUCAAGAAAUGAACAACAAUCAAUUUCAAAACCUGUAACACCAGCUAAUCGAGAAGAUAGAUUAACAAAUGAUAAAAUAGCAUUUCUUCGAUAUGUCUCAGGUGUGACAUUAUUUGAUCAAAAACUUUAUUUAGAUGCAUUGGGUAUUGUUGCUAAUGGUUCUAAUAUAUUUAUUACAUUACCUUUUCAAAUCUAUAGUAUUCUUUGUCUAACAGCUUUAAAUAAAAUAGAAGAAGCAAGUACAUUAGUAACUCAAAUGAUCGAACAAUAUUCUCAAAAUGCUGAUUUAUUAAUUAUUCGUGCUCGUCUUUAUUAUAAAGACAAGGAUAAGGUUUUUAUUGAAGAAUUAUUUACUUUUUUUUCCCAUUGA